CCUCUCUGCCGUACGCCUGAACCCCUAAAACUCUACCGCGGGUCUGUUCGCGGGAAGUAGCGAUGGGGUCGGAUAGAAGCAAGAAAGAUGCAUCUUCUUCUUCUGCGGAGAGGAACCCGAAUCGAAAUAGAAGAAGGGCAAGAUCCGACGAUUCGGAGCCCUCGCAGCCCGAAAGCGAUCACUCGUCGCCGUCGCGGAGCUCCGGCAAGCGCCGAGAGAGGAGCGGCAGCAGCAGGAGCAGUCGCCGUAGCCGCCGCAGGAGCUCUAGUCGUCGUGAUGACUCAGAUGGCAGCGGCGGCAGGGGAAGCGAGGGCAAGCGCAGCUCGAGGGUUAUUACAGGGGAAGAAAUCGAGGCGUACAAAGCGAAGAGGGCUCAGAAAAAGGCGAUGCGUGUUGCGAAGAAGUUGAAGUCACAAUCAGUCGCUGGUUAUUCCAAUGCUUCAAAUCCUUUCGGUGAUUCAAACCUCAACGAGAAGUGAGUUUU